UCGAAUACAAGAUGCUUGAUAUUCAAGAAAAUCCACUGGAACAGCAGGACUUCAACGCCGAGGAAGUUUGAUCUUGUCAUUGCCUCGAAUGUCAUUUUAGGCAACUCCCAUUUUGCCUGAUACCCUCAGCCAUGUACAGACGAUUCUUAGGCCUCAGGGUCGUCUUUUCUUCCAAGAGCUAUCCCCAAGUGAGUGUAUCUUUCGGCAGUCAAAAAUCAUUCUCAGAAGCUACAGUGAUCGUCACAAAGUGCAUGGUGUUUAUAAUGGGUCUCUUCUCUGGCUGGUGGCUCGGCGAGGCAGACGGCCGUAUCGAAGGACCAUUCCUACCUCCAGAGGAACGGGACACCUAUGUCCCUAUGAGAUGUCUGGGAAAGGGUUCCUCAGAAUACUCUAUAUCUUCCUGUAUCUAAU